GUUAGAAAACACACAACCUGACAAACAUGUCCAUUAGAUACCCUAUGUUAUUAUUGUCCGAACUUCAGAGAUUUCAGUGAUGCUAGUAAACCGAAACGAAAAGAACAACCCCAGACAAGUAGGAACACCAGAACCAUCUGUACCCUGACUCCUCCCCUACGAGAAGGCUACAAUGGGAAACCAACAACUCCUCACUUGCAUGUUUCAAGCACACACACAAGAGGAUUCAAUGCGCAAAGGCGAGCAGCAGAUGGUAUUAAACCACCUCAUCCUUCCUCACUUGCACAGCCGCCGCACUAUUCCAUUUCCAUCCCCUCCUCCGCCGUACUCCGACCAGCUUCCCCUGUUGCCUCUCUUCAAUGCUACCCCAGCUCGAAUCCCCUCCAUGACACGCAGCUCAACACGUCGCGCUCCUCCGAUGCCACUCCACGUCCGCCCCACCCUCCUCCUCCUCCUCCUGGUCCUCCUCUUGGCCACCUCGCUUCCCGCCUCCUCGUCGGACCCCUCGUCAUGCGCAGGCCGCGACGACGCGGCCGCCAUCGCCGCCGCGUUCCGGCACGUGCGCAACUUCCGCCCGCCCCGCGUGAGGGCAUGCCAGCCGGUCCGGGAGCUACGCCUGCCGUCGCGGAACCUCACGGGCGCCGUCUCGUGGGCGGCGCUGGCCAACCUCUCCGCGCUCGCCGCGCUCGACCUCUCCGGGAACGCGCUCCAGGGCGCCAUCCCGGGCGGCUUCUGGCGCGCGCCGUCGCUCCGCGCGGUCGACGUCUCCCGCAACCAGCUCGGCGGCGCGCUCCGGGUGGAGCGCGCCCCGCGGCUCCUGUCGCUCAACGUGUCGCGCAACCGCUUCACCGGCGUCGAGGGCGUGGAAGCGCUCUCGGGGCUCGUCGCGCUUGACGUGUCGACCAAUAGGAUCCGGGCGGUGCCGCGGGGGCUGCGCCGGCUGGCGCGGGUGGAGCAGCUCGACCUGUCCGGGAACGCGAUGCAGGGGAGGUUCCCCGGCGACCUGCCGCCGCUCGGUGGGAUACGUUCGUUGAACCUCUCGUACAAUAAGUUCUCCGGCGUGGUCGAUUCCGGCACCGUCAAGAAGUUCGGCCACUCGGCGUUUGUCCACGCGGGGAAUGCGUCACUGGUGUUCUCGGAGAACUCGACGGCAACGCCGCGGCGUCCGUCGCCGUCGCCUCCUCAUGGGAAAAGAAAACAGGGCGGUUCCGGCGGGACGACGACGGAAAGGAAGGCGACGUGGAGGAGCAAGAGGGGGCGGCAUCUGAGCGUCGUGGCAGUGGCGGCGAUGUGCGGGGUGGCGUCCCUGGCCAUGCUGCUCUGCCUGGUCGGGUGCGUGGCGUGCGGCGUGCUGAGGAGCAGAAAGAAGGGAGGAGAAGGCGACGAGGAGAGGAAGAAGAAGCCGCAGUGGGGCGACGAGGACGAGGAGGAGGACGUGGUGAUGGCGGCGGCCAAGGGCGCGGCGGCGGCGCCGGUGGUGCUGUUCGAGCGGCCGCUGAUGCAGCUCACGCUGGCCGACCUGGCCGCGGCCACGUCCGGGUUCGGCCGCGAGUCGCAGCUCGCGGAGCGCGGCGGCCGCAGCGGCGCCGCGUACCGCGCCGUGCUCCCCGGCGACCUGCACGUCGUCGUGCGCGUCGUGGAGGGCGCCGUGGCCGGGCUCGGCGAGGACGACAACCCGGCGGCCGCGGCCACCGCGUUCCGGGAGCUCGCGCGCCUCCGGCACCCCAACAUUCUUCCACUCCUUGGCUACUGCAUUGCAGGCAAGGAGAAGCUGCUACUGUACGAGUACAUGGAGAAGGGCGACCUGCACCGGUGGCUGCACGAGCUGCCAGCGGGGCGGCCCGACAUGGACGACAUGGGCGGCGGCGACGCCUGGGAGGCGGCGGAGGACAGGCGGUCCGUCUCCGACUGGCCGACCCGGCACCGCAUCGCGCUCGGGGUCGCCCGGGGCCUCGCGUUCCUGCACCAGGGGUGGGCCGGGUCGGGGCCGGUGGUGCACGGCCACCUGGUCCCGACCAACGUCCUGCUCGGCGAGGACCUGGAGCCCCGGAUCUCGGACUUCGGGCACCCGUCCGCCGGCGGCGAGCACUCGUCGACGCCCGAGGGCGACGUGUACGCGUUCGGGGCGCUGGUGCUGGAGCUGGUGACGGGGCAGGCCGGGUGGGACGAGGCGUCCGUGAGCUGGGCGCGCGGCAUCAUCCGCGACGGCAAGGCGCUGGACAUCGUCGACCCGCGGGUCCGCGACGAGGCCGCGGCCGGGGCGGAGGCGGAGCGGGAGAUGGUGGAGUGCCUGCGGGUGGGGUACCUCUGCACGGCGCACUCGCCGGACAAGCGGCCGACGAUGCAGCAGGUCGUGGGGGUGCUCAAGGACAUCCGCGCCGCUCCCGCCACGCCCGGCGCCCAGACCCAGCCGGCGUGAAGGAAGCCGGGCACGGGCAGCCAGCCAUGGCUCCCGAUCGAGGAGGCGCAGACGCUGCCGCGUCAUCCAUGGAUCGCGAGCAGCUUUUCUGCUGCUGGUGCUGGUGGUCAUCCAUCCAGACCUCGUAGUCUGUACGAUGUGCAUGUAACAGUUUUCCUCGCCGGCGACAGUCCAUUUUCUUCCGUGUUGGCAUGUUGCAAGCUCGCAACGAACAGCAGCAGUCGUGGCAUUAAAUUGCAAGGCGCCAUGGCCAGACGAUGGGUCAUCACGCACUGACACUGUCGCCGCAAGCAGCACGAGCAAGCGCUGAUGAGUGGAUGACUGCCGCUCGCUAGCUGCUGCCUGGGCAGGCAGAGUGCACAGUAAUGAGUAGCGCAGGCUUUUGGCCACCGAGAUGUGCUGGACAAAGCACACGGAACCAACUGAUUUGGGCGUUAGCUAUGAGCAGAGAAUCCAAGGUUUUCAAAAUUUGUUUCGGUCUAUUGGGUUGGGGACCUCCUCGGUGAAUUUUGCGGAGCAUUUACCUUACACGACCAGAAAACAGACCAAAAUUUUCGUCCUCUGAAA